AUGUCUGCAACUCCUGCAUUCACUUCUGGCACUCUGAAUGCUGGAAGCCAUUACCGACCCCUGAAGCUGAGCCUUGCAACUAUUUCCUGCACAUUGGCAAUGGCUGGAUCGCGCUAUUUUAAAGCUGGGCUGCAAUGGGAGAUGAAUACUUUUGUCACACCACUCCUGCAGUACUCCGCUUCACAGAAUAUCGUGUCGGUGGUUCCGGUCCCUGUCGCUUAUAUCCUUAAGUUGUAUCCCAUGCUAACCUGGAACACGGUUCCAGACGACGUCUUUUCAUUCCACCUCCUUUCAUUUCAUGAUGAGCCAAUUGCAGGACAUCCGUCCCAGAUUGUGUUCGCAUAUACAUGUCCAUGGUGGAUGGGAAACACCACAAUCCCUGAUCAACCAUGGCAGUGGGAUGAAAUAAUGGCUUCCUGCAUCUCUCACUACCAGUAUUGGGCGCUUAAUGUUGAGGAUGAUGCUUUGGUUCUUCCAGAGAAGUUGAAAAACACUUCGACUCCACCACUUAUGGGACUGAGGUUCAUUAAAGAACACAUGGAAGCAUUGAUGGAGGAGCAAGAUCAGGGCAUCAAAGCCAAGAUGGGAGAGGUGAAGAUGUACACUGACAUGUUAGAGAAAUUGAGGAAAGGCAAAGGAGUGUAG